AUGCAGCCCAUCGUAUCUUCGGAGAUGGCGGAGAGAUCUGCUGCUGCUGCUCCUGCUGCUGCUGCUGCUGCUGCAGCGGCUGCACCCGCUGCGGUUGCAGACUCACACGAGGCUCUCGUUGAAAGCCCCAAGAAGCAGCUGAAGCUGGCGCAUUGUCUGCAGGAGGAGAGCUUUUCUCAGGAGCAGCAGCAGCAGCAGCACGAGCAGCAGCAGCAGCAGCAACAGCAGCAGCCUCAGACUCCCAGGUCUGCUGAAGCCACCUCCCGCGAGAACGGGAUUGCUGCCUUUAUGGCUGAUGGGCCUUUUGCUGCUGCUCCUGUGGGGUGUACAUCCAUAUCGGGGUUUAGGGGGGCAGUAAAGGCCCUAUUUGAGGACUUUCAGGUUUAUGAAGACCCCCUGCUGCAGCAGCAGCAGCAGCAGCAGCAAGGCGCAGCAGCAAACAGCAGCGAUGUGGGCAAGCCGCUGCGGCUCACGGCGCUGCCCAAUAUAGAGUGGCUGCAGCGGAGGCGGCAGCAGCAGCAGCUGCUGCUGCGCGGCGAGGGCCUCAUAAGUCCGCUUUUCACAGUCCCCACAUUCAGAAAGGUUGCGCCUGCUGCUGCUGCUGCUGCAGCAGAAGCAACAGCAGAAGCAGCAGCAGAAGCAGCAGCAGAAGAAGCAGCAGCAGCAGCAGCAGCAGCAGCAGCAAAAGAGCUCAGCCUAGCUGACCAGAUAAACGUACAAAGUUUUGUGCGGGCCCUGGCAGCUUAUUGCCUCCCCAGAAAAAAUGGGCCAGCAGCAGCAGCAACAGCUGCAGCAACAGCAGCAGCAACAGCUGCAGCAACAGCUGCAGCAGACUCCCACGCUGAUAAGGAGCCUCUUCAAGGGCACGAGCUUGCUGCAGCAGAGGCAGCAGCAGCAGCAAAAGCAGCAGCAAAAGACUUGAUGGAGGCUCUUGAGAGGCCUGCCGACGCUGCAAACAGCGAGCAGCUUCCCAGUCUUGCAGCAGCAGCAGCAGCAGCUGCUGCUGCUGCUGCUGCUGCUUGCAAACGGAAGGCUGCAGCAUUAGCGAACCCUUUGACCGAACUAGAGGGAGAGCCAGCUGCUGACGACAGCAGCAGCAGCAGCAGCAGCAGCAGCAGUUCCAAAGGGGAGAGCAACUGCUCAGACGCCUCUGCAGCAGCAGCAGCAGCUGCUGCUGCUGCAGAGUUUACGCUGCCAGAGCUGUGGCUGCUUGGAGACACCGCAGCAGCUAUCCGAGCAGCGGCAGCAGCAGCUCUUGCUGCACUGCCUCCACGCGGCUCCGCUGCAGCAGCAGCAGCUGCUGCUGCUGCAGCGUCAAGCAGCAGCAAGGGGCUGAGGCCGGAAGUUGCUGCAGUUAUUAGCUCGCACUUGCCUGUUUCCCUGUGCAGCAGCGAGACCAAUAGCAGCCCUGAAGACGGCAGCAGCAACAGCAGCAGCAGCAGCAGCAGCAACAGCAGCAGCAGCAGCAGCAGCACGAUGUGGAGCGUCUCUUCAUCUGCACUUGAGGGUUUGUACAAGCAGCAGCGCAUGCAGUCCCACGGCGCUGUGCGGGUGCUGCUGCCGUUUGCAGUAUCUGCUGCUGCUCCCCUAUCUGCUGCAGCAGCUUGCGGAGUCUUUGCUGCUGCUGCUUCACACCCCACAAAUCCAGGCUUGCAGCAGCACGCCGCCGCGGCUGCUGCUGAGCUCAACCCUGCCGCUGCUGCUGCUGCUGCUGCUGCUGUUGCGGAGCUGCCGUUUGUGUCUCUCGAGGCCAACUGGAGGCAGCAGCAGCAAGAUUUGCUGUUGCUGCAGCGGCAGCAGCAGGAGCAGCAGCAGCUGCUCCUCCAGAACGGCGACUUCGAUGCAGCUGCCGUAGCUGAGGCAGCUGCUGCUGCUGCAGCAGCAGCAGCAGCAUCUCCGCCGCAGCAGCUAAUCCGGAUAAUCCUGCAGCCGCAGUGCCUUAUUUACUUAUUCAGAAGGCACAGCACCUGGGGCCAGCAGCAGCAGCAGCAGCAGCAGCAGCAGCAAGGGGCCUCGCAUGGAGUAAGGAGGCCUUUCGGCCGCAAGCGCCCGCUGCAGAAGCUGCAGAGCCCUCAGGACGAAGCCAGUAUCAGCAGCAGCAACAGCAGCAGCAACUCCAGCAGCAGCAGCACCGACAGCAGCAACAGCAGCAGCAGCAGCACAAGUAUUCUUGCUGCUGCUGCUCGUGCUGCAGAGAAGUGUCUGUGUGGGGACCGCCGGCGCUUCUGCAACGACCGGCCAGCCCUUAUGUCCCCGCAGCACCCCGAGUGCCCCUCGCAGCAGCAGCAGCAGCAGCAGCAGCAGCAGCAGCAGCAGCAGCAGCAGGGAGGGGGCCGCUACGGCCUGGUGUUGCUGCUGAAGCAGAACAGAGACACAGCAGCAGCGCUGCACUGCCUCUCGCGCUGCCUCGGCCGUCCUGCUGCUGCUCUAUUUGCUGCUGGCACAAAGGACAGAAGAGGUGUCACUACGCAGCUCGUUUCUAUAGAAAGGGUGACGCAGCAGCAGGUGGAGGAAGCAGUGCUGCAUGCACUUUACGACCGAAAUAUUUGCCUGCAGUGGUGGGGCUUUGCAAAUGCGCCGCUGCACCUCGGGGAGCUCCGUGGCAACUUCUUUCAGAUUGUGAUUCGCAACGUCAGGCCCAUCAGCAGCAGCAGCAGCAGCAGCAGCAGCAGCAGCAGCAGCGACAGCAGCAGCGGGGGCGCUGUGCGCCUGCCGGUGGCUGCGCUGCAUGCGCUGCAUGCGUUUAUAAGCGAGCGCAUGCAGCAGCUUUCCUCUUGGGGCUUUUUGAAUUACUUCGGGCUGCAGCGGUUUGGCAGCAAAGACACACAAACAGCAGCAGUGGGGGCCUGUUUGCUGCGGGGGGACCACCGGGGGGCUGUGCGGCUAAUCCUCAGCAGCAAACUCAAGCAGGCAGCAGACCUCCUGCAGCAGCAGCAGCAAAUGAAGGAGGCUAUGCGCAAGAAGCAGCAGCUGCAGCAGCAGCAGCACCCCGGCGCCGCCACGGAAACCGACGCCGCGAGCUGCAGCAGCAGCAGCAGCAGCAGAGACAGCAGCAGCAGCAGCAGCAGCAGCAGCAGCAGGGAAGACGAAGAGGGCCCCUUGCUGCAGUGCAGCCGCUUCGAAACCCUAGAAGAGCGGCUAGUGGUGGCGCUGCUGGGGGGGGCCUCUUAUGGGGAGGCGCUGCAGCAGCUGCCGCGAGCAAGUUUGCUGCUGUAUCUGCAUGCAGCACAAGCCUUUGUCUUUAACCAUUUGCUGACUUACAGAUGGACAAAAUACGGAAACAAAGUCGUGCCGGGGGACCUGCUGCUGCAGCAGCAGCAGCCGCAGCAGCAGCAGCAGCAGCAGGCCGGGGAGCUGGCCUCGGGUGCAGCAGCAGCAGAAACAGCAGCAGCAGCAGCAGAAACAGCAGCAGCAGCUGCUGCAGCAGAAGAGGACCCGCAAAUGCUGGAGCUGGAUGAAGGAGAUGAAGCCACUGCAGGGCAGCGGUGGGGAGGAGCAGCAGAAGCAAAUGUGCGGGUUGUUGCUUCUGCUGCGGAAGCAGCAGCAGCAGACAUCCACGACGUCGUGCUGCCGCUGCUAGGCAGCAGCAGCAACACGGUGCCUGAGUACCUGCAGCAAGAGCUGCAGCGGAUUUGCCAGCAGCACCUGGGCCUUGAUGCUCGUCACUUUCUGCAGCAGCAGGCGCAUGCGCGCCACCCUGCUGCUGCUGCUGCUGCUGCUGCUGCUGCGCGGCGCCAAAAGCAGCAGCAGCAGCAGCAGCGCUGCAGCGACAGGCGGCGGCGGCCGUUUAGGGGCAUCGGCGCAGCCAAGCUGCUGCAGCUGCUAGGGAAAGAAGCAGCAGCAGAUGCUGCAGGGCCCCCUCUUGUGUCUCUUCCUGGGGGCUACCGCAAGAUUGUUGCAGCAGCAAAAGCAUGCAGCUGGCAGCUAGUGCUGUCGGGGCCGACAGCAGCAGAGCCGCCGUCCCCGCUGCUGCUCAGCGAUGUAGAUGUUCUGAAGCAAAAGAAACGCGCGGAGAGGGAACAGCGGCAGCAGCAGCAGCAGCAGCAGCAGCAGCAGCAGCAGCAGCAACCGCAGCAGCAGCAACUGCAGCAGCAGCAGCAACAGCAGCAGCAGCAACCGCAGCAGCAGGAGCAGCGGCAGCAACAGAGCGGGCCGAAUACCCUGCAGGAGGGUGAACACCAGGAACAGGAAAAGGAACAGCAGCAGCAGCAGCAGCAGCAGCAGCAGCAACAGCAGCAGCAGCAGCGCGUUCCGUUCCGAAUAUCUCUGGACGAGGAGCUCCGCCCCGACUUCAUUCGCGACUGCAGCAAAGCAGGCGGCCCCUGCCUGGCCCUGGACCAGCUAGCAGCUGCCAGCAGCAGCAGCAGCAGCAGCAGCAGCAGCAGCAGCAGCAGCAGCAUAGUAGAAGUAGAUGAAAGGCGCAAGGCCAGCAACUUAAGCCUCGUGCUGCGGCUGUGGCUGCCCCCAGGGGUUUACUGCACAAUGGCGCUGCGGGAGCUCAUGGGUGUACAUACACCCGAAGGCCCGGGCGAGUGGCGGGGCUUCUAA